AUGGUCAACCAACGAGAGAAACAGCUGCAUCGCGCGCGCCUGGUUGCCAGCGUCGCAGCUACCGUCAUCUCUCUGGCAUGUGGCACCAAUUACGUUUACUCAGCAUGGGCACCCCAAUUCGCUGAGCGAUUGAAGCUUUCCUCGACCGAAACGAACGUCAUUGGUCUGUCCGCCAACUUGGGAAUGUACUCGUUGGGCGUUCCCGUCGGCAUGCUUGUCGACCACAAAGGACCUCGCUCUGCAGUCAUUCUUGGCUCCGUCUUGCUCGCCCUUGGAUACUUCCCUUUCCACAUCGCCUACGACCGCGCCGCGGCUCCUGUGGCGCUCCUAUGCUUCUUUUCCUACUUGACUGGUCUCGGUGGCUGCCUGGCCUUUGCUGCGGCUGUCAAGACAUCUGCUCUGAACUGGCCGCAUCAUCGGGGCACCGCAACGGCGUUUCCUCUGGCUGCUUUUGGUCUGAGCGCCUUCUUCUUCUCGACAUUUGGAACCAUCUUUUUCCCGGGAAACACCAGUGCCUUUUUGGCUCUGCUCUCCUUUGGAACCUGUGGGCUGACCUUCCUCGGCUUCUUUUUCCUGCGCGUCUGGCCCCAUGCCAACUACCACAGCGUGCCCGCCAGCGAUGUCCUAUCUGGCUCGCAGCAUCUCCGUCGUACGUCCUCGCAAGAGGUCAAGCCCAACCGCCCUGGUCAUGCACACGGCGCCGCCCUGAUUGAACCUGGUACGUCGCUUAAAGAUGCCAAUACCACCACUACCACUACCGACUACGAGCCUGUUCAGCCAGAACAGGAACCGUCCGCGCCGUCUCGCGAGGCUGAUGAGGCGCAAAUCGAAACCAUCGAUGCCGAUGAUUAUGAGCCCGACGAGACGUCCUCGCUGGUGUCAAGCUCCUCCUCUAUGCCCGGUGAUGUUUUUGUGCAGAGUAGUGUUGAUCUGGAUCGUUCUCAUCGAGUAGAUAUUCGUGGUUGGGCACUUUUGCGUGAGGUCGAUUUUUGGCAGUUGUUUAUCAUCAUGGGAAUCCUGACGGGUAUUGGCCUGAUGACCAUCAACAACAUUGGAAAUGACGUAAAAGCCCUUUGGCGCCAUUGGGAUGAGUCCGUGGACGAAGCGUAUCUCAUCACGAGGCAGCAGAUGCACGUGUCUAUCUUAUCAGUUUGCAGCUUUGCGGGUAGGCUUCUUAGCGGUACGAUCACUGUCGAAGAUCCUAACUCCACCUACACACUAGCUGACUUGAUUGACUCAGGUGUUGGUUCCGACUUCAUUGUCAAGGUACUCCACGGCAGUCGAGUCUGGUGCCUCGUAGCAUCCAGUGUCGUCUUCUUUGUAGCGCAAAUUCUGGCUCUGCACGUCACUAACCCUCACUGGCUUGGGUUGGUCUCUGGUCUGUCUGGCAUCGCGUAUGGCUUCCUUUUUGGGGUGUUUCCCUCCAUCGUUGCUGAAACGUUUGGAAUCCACGGGCUCAGCCAAAACUGGGGUCUGAUGACGCUGUCGCCCGUUGUCUCUGGUAACGUGUUCAAUAUUUUCUAUGGAAAGAUCUACGACAAGCAUAGCAUCCUGGGACCGGAUGGCGAGCGUGUUUGCCACGAUGGGCUCGAAUGCUACCGCGCAGCGUACCUCAUGACGCUUGGAGCAUGCUCCAUUGGCCUGGUCCUUACGCUAUGGGUUAUCCACCACCAGCGAGUAAAAUGGGCCAAGGAAGAGAAGAGCAAGGCCGAGCAGGAUGACUGA